UCUGGAUGAGUUUAACAUGAAUGAGUACAAAACAUCAGUGGAGGGACGACGGAGACUGAUCCCAGCUGUGAGGAACUGCAGAAAGGCUCGACUUUGGGACUGUGGACUCUCAGCGACUCACUUUGAAGUUUUGGCCUCAGCUCUGAAGUCCAACUCCUCCCAUCUGACACAUCUGGACCUGAGUAAGAACAAACUGUCUGAUUCAUCAGUGAAGCGUCUGUCUGCUGGACUGGAGAGUCCAAACUGUAGACUGAAGACUGAUAUUAUGGGACUGCAGUUUGUCAAAGAUCAGCUGUGAUUAUCUGGCCUCAGCUCUGAAGUCCAACUCCUCCCAUCUGAGAGAGCUGGAUCUGAGAGGAAACAACCUGAAGGAUUCAGACAUGAAGCAGCUGAUUGAUCUUCAGCAGAGUCCAGACUGCAGACUGGAGACUGAGGUCAGUAGAGAAUGGAAGUGAUCUCUGUCAGAGUGAGAGUGAACAUCCAGGAGUGUUGAGAGAGGAUCAGCUGGAUCCUGAUGAUCCAUCUGGAGUCUGGAUCUGGAUUUUGUCGUCUUCACUUAAGUCUCUUAACUGACUACAAACUGAACAGUUAUCUCUGGAUUUAGCUGAAG